AUGCGGUCCAGCUCCCGCCGGUCCAGCUCCCCCGACAACGACAUCGACAACUGGAACCUCAACUGCAGACUCUACCAGCACAUCAACCGCCGUAUCAACGAGUCAAGCAGCUUUAGGUUCUUCCACAGUAUCGACGAACCCGGCUGCUACCUCGUCCUCGUCCUCUCAAUCAUCAACGAUUCCAGCAGCCUCCACAAGCCCUGCAGCCGGUACUUCAGCUCAGUCGGCUCUUCGUCGCUGGCCAACUCGAUUCCUCCCGGUUCUUCUGCCCCAGCCAACUCGGUUUCUCCCGGUUCUUCAUCUUCGGCCAACCCGGUUCCUCCUGGUUCUUCUUCCCCAGCUAACCCAGUCCCUCCCGGCUCCUCAUCUGCAGUCAACCCAGUCCCAUCUGGUUCUGCAGCUUCAGCCAACCCAGUCCCUCCCGGCGCCUCAUCUGCAGUCAACCCAGUCCCAUCUGGUUCUGCAUCUUCAGCCAAUCCAGUCCCUUCCGGUUCUUCAAACAACCCAGGUCCUACUGGGGCUUCGUCCUUGGGCAACUCAGCCGUUCCCAGUGGCUCUUCAACCCCGGCGGGCUCUACUCCGACUGACACGUCCGAGUUCACUUUCACGCCCGGCGAACCCACCGACACUUCCACUGACACCUUCACCGCGACAUCUGACCCAGUCCUUCCCAGUGACUCUGCAACCCUGACAGAUUCGGCAACCUUGACUGAAUCUAGCCCGACUGGCACGUCCCAAUCCACGCUCACAUCCACGUCCGGCGAAUCCACUGCCACUGCUACUUCCACCGCCACACCCAACCCCCCUCUUAUCACUGUCGAAGGCAACACCUUGAGCAAUCUCGGCUGCUUCGGAUCUCCAUCUGGCCACCCAGGCUUCAACCUGACGCUGACCUCCGCGCUGAUGACCCUUGAGCUCUGCGCUGCUGCUUGCCCAACCACCAUACAGUACGCGGGUGUCGUAGGAACCGACUGCUACUGCGGAAACAUCGUCGAUAGCACCAAUGAGGUCAACGUUGCCGAGGCCCAGUGCGACACUCCCUGCCCUGGCAACCCCGACCAGCGGUGCGGUCAUGCCGUCAUUCCCUCCAGGUCUCGCCUCAAGCGCCAGCUUCUAUCAGUUGAGAUCCGCUUAACCAUCUUCGCUCGUGUUGUUGACGGCAUCUCCAGCACUAGCUCCGGAGUCUCUGGUACUGCUACCAUCUCCGGCUCCAUAUCCAGCUCUAGCACCGCUGGUGUGAGUGCAAGCACCGUUACCGCCACCUUCACAACCACCGCCGUCACUAUUGUUGGAACCGCUGUCGUCAGCGGUGUCCAGACUAUCACGACCACAUACUGCCCGUUGUGCCAGGACUGCAUGGGUCCCUUCUGCUACAAGCCAAGCCCUUGUGUUAGUGGCAUGUGUUUUGGCCAGCCCUGCAUCGAUGGUGACUGCUGGAAGAGGUUCGUCUCUUAUGGCGGCUACUGUGGCUAUGAUUCCGGUUGCUCUGGAUCUCAAUGCCAGCGUCGUCUUGUCUGCUACGACGGCGUCUGGUUCCCAGACGUCUGUGACGGAUACGACUGCGAGCGCAAGGUUGUCUGCACUAACGGCCAGUGCGAGUACGCUACUCCGGGAAGCAAGCAUUAUGAUGAGGUAGUUGUCUGUUACGGAAACAACUGCGAGGUCCAGAAGUGCAGCGGAGACGCCUGCAAUCAGAAGUACGUCUGCAAAGAUGGCUCCUGCGGGUUCCAGUCUGGCUCUGCAUCUGAGGCCGGCCAGAAGUACGUUUGGAAUGGCAGUACCGGCAACUACACUCUCGACGAGGGUUGCAAGAGCAAUUGCCCUCAGCCUCUUGCUCCCGUCCCUGUUGGUCCCUCUCCGGGGCCCGGUGGUGCUCCUUCUCAACCUACUGCCGGUGGUGUGGCUCAGCCAGGUCAAUCUGGUGUUCCUCAACCCGGCCAGCCUGGUUCUCCCCAGCCUCCUGCUACUGGGCUUCCUCAGCCUUCCACCGGCAAUACUCCUACCGGAGGCCCCCCUGCCGGAGGCCCCCCUGCCGGAGAUGCCCCUGCCGGAGAUGCCCCGGCUGGAGGUGCUCCGGCUGGAAAUGCUCCGGCCGGUGGUGCUCCGGCCGGUGGUGCUCCGGCCGGUGGUCCUAAUGCUCAGCCUCCUUCAGGUGCCGGUGGUGCUUCCCAGCCUCAGUCUCCCCCUGGUGGUUCUCCUCCCGCUGGCGGUGCUCCCCAGCAGCCUUCUGGUACUGGUGGCGCUUCUCAGCCCCAAUCUCCCUCUGGGGAUGCUGCCCCCGCUGGCGGUGCUCCUCAGUCGCCCUCUGCUGCCGGUGGUGCUUCCCAGCCCCAGCUUUCCGUUGGUGGUGCGCCCCCUGCCGGGGGUGCUCCUCAGUCUCCUCCUUCCGGCGCCGGGGGUGCUUCUCAACCUCAGCCUCCCGCCGGGGGUGCCCCCGCGGGAGUUCCGCCCGUGAGCCCCUCUGUGGUGACCACUGCUACGGCUGGCAAGCUUGUUGCUGGCUUUGGUGCCCUUGUAAUGGGUGUGCUUGUUCAUGCUAUCAUCUUUUGA